GCGUAUCUAGGUACACUGAGUCAUCACAGGUCGGGAGAGAUCGUGGUAUUUAAUUUUAAUUUGACAUAAUAAACAACUGUUGUCCGAGUAAAAAAAUGGGAAGUUAGCGUUAUUUUCGGAAAGACGAUUAGCCAUUAGCACGUCGGCGAUGCUGCACGUACGUUCGCGUUUCGCGAUUUCCGACGAUCGUCCUGGAUAUCGGUUUUUGUAAGAUCAUUCAUGCGAAAUAUGACAUUGAUCUCCGUGCAAGAGAUACAUUUAAUGUCGAACGUGCUUUAAAUGCUCCAUGAAAUCGAAUUGAAAACGACGAUUUUGUACUCGUCCUCUCUCGUUAAUAUUUAAAUCUCCACUUUCUCAGAAUGGUUCUGAGUCGUAACGAUAAGAGAAAGAGGAAAGAAGGAGAUCUGGUGGAUCUCAUGGAACCACUUUCCGAAUCUCCAAAAAGGACCAAAGUUCACGCACAAAGAAAGUUUGCACAAGGUGCAAGUACAGUGUUCAAUUCAUCACCUACACCCAUCAAGGACAAAGAGAAAGCUAAACCUGCUAUGAUUAGGGAAUUAAUAACUCAUAAACGUCCAAAUACAGAGGACUUUCUAACAUUUUUAUGCUUCAGAGGAACAUCCAUUUUGCCACCCAAUUUAAAUUUCUUCAACAUGAGCACCAAAAAAGAGAAACAGAAACCUAAACCAGCUCGUGCUUCUACAGAUAAAAUAUCAUCCUGUACUAGUAUUUCUACAGAGGUUCAGAAACAAGACACAUGUCAGAAGAAUGUAACAAAAGUAAAGUCUGUUGUGCCAGAUAAAAAGAAAGUGCCUAGUACGAUACACAAAAGCAUUACCAAACUUAAAACAGCAACAUCUACAGUUCAAGCGCUUAAAAAGAAAUAUCAGGAGCAACGUCUUGCUAAACAAAGGAUCAAGAAUAAAUUCAAAGCCACAUGUGUUAUGAGAACACGAUCGUGUACAGAGAGAUCUAUGUUGAAGGCUGGUAUUCAACUGGCACCAAGAAAAUUUUUACCUAGAAUUGAGACGAAGAGACACGGCUUGAGAAGUGGUGUACUGUUAGAUAAAAGCAAUAAACCCUUAUCAAAGACGAAAAUCAUGUCAUCAAAACCAAAGAAGAAAAUUAAUUUGAAAUCGAAAAAUAAUGAUACAUCAUACACAGAUGUGUCGUCCGAAGAUGAGAAGGAUGAUAAAAAGGAUAAUGAGGAAGAAGAAUCACCUGUGGAAAAGUCGACAUCGCAGAUAAAACGUAACAUACCAAAAGGUAUUCAGAAAAAGAUUUGUACCAGAAGCAAAUCGGAAAUGAGAAGAGUUACGAGAUCUCACAGUGGUAUAAUCUCUCCACAAAAUCCCUCUAGGAGACCAACGAGAAAAACUAAGGAAGCAGCCGCUGUUUAUAUGGAAAUUCUUGGUAGAAAAUUAGUGAGCCCGGAUCUAGAGAAUGAUGAUAAUCUUUCAGUCGAAAGUUUUCCUGAACUGCCAAAUGCUCGUAGAAUAGCGCAAACGGAGAAUGAGCUUAAAGCCAAAGUAAAACAGAAUAGUAUGAAAACUACUAAUAAAACUAAGGAUUCUAAGGACUCUAAGGAUUCUAAGGUCAAUUCUCUUAACAAUAACGGUAAUAAGCGAUUGGAUAAGAGCAAGAAUAAUAAACUAAUUCUAAAAAGCAAACGUCUGAUGAAAGUGCAGAAAUAUUGCGAGGAAGAUAGCGACGAGGAAUCUGAAAGCUCGGUAGAAACGAACAGCACGAGACCUAUUACUAGACAGAGUCUUGUAGGGAAAACCAGUGACAAACCAGUCGGUAGGAGUCUCAGAUCAUCCUCCAAAAAUACAAAUGUACAAGCAGAAAUAACACAAAGCAACACAAAUAACAAACCGAAGAUUCCAGUUCAAAGUAUGAAAUCUGCUAAGGACAAAUUUGUGAUGAAACGUAAACGUGAGCAAAAUCUACCUAAAACAUCAUCAUCAGAUAAGAUUAGUGGAUCGAAGCAGAAGAGUUUCAAAAAUGAUCAAAGCAAAAACGUGGAAUCCGAAGAAGAAACACUGGGAAUGCUGCUUAAUAAAAUGAAGAAGAAAAAGAAAACGAUGGAGGACGAAGAACAGAUCUCCGAUAACGUUAAUAAUGUGAAAAAUGGCGAGACAAUUUCCAAAGAUACGCAAAACACGUCUACGAAACCGGAUCUGCCAAAAGUAUCGGACGAUGAGGAAUCGUUUCGCGGAUUUACCAAAAAGGCGAUAUCAAAAGUUUUGAAUUCGUGCCACGCUGUUGCUAAUGUUAAUUUACUAGAAUCAGAAUCCAAUGACAAACUGAAUUUACAUAAAACAGUAGACGCGCCGAAUCAAAGCACAACUUCGCAAGAAAAUAAUCAAGAAAAGGCUUCAUUGGUCGAAGUUGCUUCCCCAGUCGCAAAUGCAUUGAACGACGAAAGUACGUCCGUGCAGGAUCAAAAAUCAAUAUUAGAUCUGUCCACCAAGACACAAAGCUCCUUAUUACCGUCGAUCGAACAGGUACAGAACAAAAAAUGUAAUCAUGAAAGUGAAGUUUCUCCUAAUCUUAUAGAUAUGCCGUUGUCAACUCUGCAUACGAGAAAAGAACGGGUGAACAUGUCGACCGAGCAGAUAGAAAAGUGGCUGAACGAAAGCUCGCUUGCGAAAGAAGAGAGCAAGCUGGAGAUGGAGAAUGUUUCCACCUUUAGAUACGAACCUACGCCAAAAUUGAAGACGGACGUCUCGCAUCUGUCCAUCCCGGCGAAGAUCCAGCAUCUAGUACGUCCCGUCAAUGUAACACUUUCGAAAUUAACGGACAAGAUAAGUUUCAAGGACCGUACUGCGAUACAGACCAGAAAUGUGAUAACAGCAACACCCGAUGCACCUAAUGUCGAAGUCGCGAAAUCGCAGAAUACUACCAAUAAAAAUAAGCCUAAUACUGAAGAAAUUGUAAGAAAUGUUAAGAAUAAGUGCGAAAAGAAAGAGACUUCGAAUAAGGAGACUUCAGCUAUCGUUGAAGAUACUAGCGAUACUGUGUCGAAGUCGGAUCAAAACUCUACGGACGGUUCUAUAGAAAAGAAAUCACCGACGGAGAAGAAAAUCUUUCAACCGCGAAAAUCCUUUAUACCCAAGGUUAGGCAACGCAAAUUGGUGAUUCCGAAUGCGAAUGCGUUUUCACCGGAAAACGAGAGUAGCGUUUACGCAUUCGAAAGCGACACCGAGGUUCCCAUCAGUACACCCUUCCGGAGGAAGAUUAAGGAUACCCCGAGCUCGAUUAAGGAUACUGCUACAGCUACGGAGGCCAAAGUACUUGCUGAAACUGAUAAAUCGAAUGAUAAAUCAAUCAAAAAUAAUUCCAGAACAUCAUCGGACGACAAGGAGAAACCGUCGAAGAAGGAACAGGAGACACAGGGUCCGAUAAGUACAACGAAUACGACGCUGAAUAAAUUUGAACUGCCCAAGAAUUUCGCAAACUUGACCAACGUCCAGGUAUUGCCGCUCGAUAAGAUCAAAACGAGCUGGAGCAACGUAAAUUGCAGCGCUUCUAUAGCAGUCCAGGUGAAUCUUGAUGAGACUACCCAGGAACAAGAGAGCGACACGAAUCAGCAGAAGAGUACCGAGAUAUCUACUCAAACCGAAACGAGCAACGAAAAUGACGACGACAACGACGGACAGUUGUUUUACAUUCCACUGCAAGCUGUUACGAGAAGCGGCCCGAAUCUGGUACAAGGGCAGCAGUUGAUACAAGGUGUGGCUGUCAAACUCGGCACGGAAGGGCCGACCGGUCCUAAUCAGAGAGUACUCCUUCGGGCAAAGUUGGUCACCAAGCCGCCUUUAUCCGUAGCACGUUGUCCUCCGAUAGGAACGGUGCAGCCGACAACGCGUACUCCACCCAAUCCCAAUCUUACAGUGGAACAGCAACAACAAGUUCCGUCGACCUCAACGUCUACAAGCGUUUCGACCGCGGUGGCAAGUACGCCGGAGACUCAGCCUACCUUACAGGUGAAGAAUGACACCUCGGCAUCGAACUCGGCGAAUCGUCAAACUGUUAGUACGAGCGCAAACAAUUUGGAAAAACUCGCCAAGUCUCCAAAGUUAUCCAGGGAAAGGAAAACUUCUAUCGAUUCGACAAAGAGUGGCAAAAGGACUCAAAUGAAAUCCAAACAAAAAGGAUCUGAACUGUAUUCAAAUAAUAGCACAACAUUCCCAAGUGCAAAGAACACAAAUAAUGAGGCUCGUGUAAUCGAGGCACCGACGUUUCAUCCAACGGAUAAAGAUUUUCAGGAUCCUCUGGAGUAUAUAGACAAAAUAAGACCGACUGCCGAGAAGUUUGGAAUAUGUAGAGUCGUGCCUCCGCCAAAUUUUAAACCCGAAUGCAAGGUGUCUGAUGACAUGAGAUUCACAGCUUAUAAUCAAUAUGUACAUCGCAUGCUUCACAGAUGGGGUCCUAAUGUGAAAGAAAUGAUGGCUAUUAAGAAAUAUUUAGCUACUCAAAGUAUCACUCUGACUCAACCACCAUGGAUUGGUGGAAUGGAAGUUGAUUUACCUCACUUGUAUCAAACAGUUCAAAAUUUGGGUGGAUUGAAAGAAGUUAUUGAAAAGAAGAAAUGGCAAAAGGUAGCAGAUGGUAUGAAGAUACCUAAAUCUGCACAAGAUCGCGUUACUAAAUUAGAUGAUAUUUAUUGCAAAUAUUUAUUGCCAUAUGAUACAUUAUCCCCGGAGGAACGCGGAAAAUUGUUUGAUGAGGUUGAAGCUGAAUGGAAGAGAAAAGAAAGAAAAACUUUGCAAAGACAAGAAGCGUCAUCUAAUGAUAAUGAUGAGGAAGACGAAGAUGAUAGUUCUGAUGAAAUUGAGGAAUGUAUUGUAAAGGGAAGAAACAUGCCAUUGAAUGCUUUUUACCGAAUCGCCCGUAAUACUCAACGCAUGUGGUUUGGCGAAAAUCAGCGAGGAAACGAAGCCGAAGGCGCUUCAGCCGAUGAGGUGGAGAGUGCAUUUUGGAAACAUGUCGCCGAAAGGAAACGUCACGUUUGCGUACACGCGGCGAGCAUCGACUCGAGCGGUCGUGGAUUUGGCUUUUCCGUUGCCAAAAAUAGUCCGUUCGCCAGACACGCCUGGAAUCUCAAAGUACUCACUAAUAAUGCCGGAUCAGUAUUGAGAGCCUUGGGCCCGUUAAUGGGUGUAACCGUGCCAACGUUGCACGUGGGUAUGUUGUUCAGCGCUUGUUGCUGGUAUCGCGAUCCACAUGGUUUGCCAUGGAUAGAGUAUCUGCAUACAGGUGCUAAAAAGAUUUGGUAUGGGAUACCUGACGAGCAUAACAACAAUUUCCGAGAAGCGCUCUCGAAGAUGGUACCGCGAUAUUGUAAAAAUAAGACUAUAUGGUUACCUUCUGACACUGCCAUGGUCCCACCGGAGUUGUUGGUCAGCAACGGUGUACCGCUAUGUCGCACCGUGCAAGAACCGGGACAGUUCAUAAUUGUAUUUCCAAAAGCAUUUACGUCAAGCAUAUGCACCGGUUAUGUGGUGUCUGAAAGCGUAUACUUUGCACAACCAUCCUGGUUAGAAACAGCCGAGCAAGUAUUCAAAGAUAUACAAGACAGUUGUGAACCCUCUAUCUUUUCAUUCGAGAGGUUGUUAUUUAAUAUUAUUAAUGAUACCAGAUCUCAUAUAGAUAUAUUAAAACAGAUAUUACCGAGUGUGAUCAAGAUUCGCGAGAAGGAAUUAGAUUAUCGUAAACUACUGGAAAACGUGGGUCUUAAUAAUAGAGAAAGAUUGCCUCUUCCGGAUAGUGGAAAAGGGAAGAAAGGAAAAAGAGUGAAAGAGGAUGACGGCGAUUUCGAAUGCGAGACAUGUAGAGCCAAUUUGUUUGUCUCAUUGGUAAAUAAUUCGCAAGAUGAUAGUGUCUACUGUUUGCCGCAUGCAUUGCAAUUAAUCAAUCACAAAAAGCAGCUUCUGAAACAUUGUACUCUAAUGUACACCUAUGAUGAAGAUGAAUUAGAUGGAUUGAUUCACAAAUUAGAAUGCAGGAUCGAAGCCAAAUCUAAAAAACCUAAUCAAAUAAAACAAAAUAAAUAAAAAAAAAUAAGUUU